CUAGAGAUCACGUCACAUAGAGAAGGAGUGGCUCCCUACUCUACGUGAGGGCCGUGCAUUCUAGCCAUUGAACUCCCCAAUCCCAGACAACUUUUCAGUUCAGCACACACACUGGGCACACACGACACGAGGGACGGAUAAUCGGACACAGUGAAGUGUGCUUUGAACAAGAAGUGAGUGCAGCACGUAUCUGGUUAGACAUGUUCGAACUAAUCUUCGAGUAAUGCCUACUUGGAACUCUUCAGCUCUGCGACGAAUUUAUUUCUGGAUUUAAAAGUAUCGACCAAAAACGAGUUUCGAAGAUGUAUAGUACGCAGCGCGCAACUUCGAGUGUGUUGACCCACCUACUACCAUACAAUGGAACUGCCGAAGGAUUGAUGCCGUGUAUGCAGCAUGGCGCCGAGGCCACCGUGUCUCGACGUACGGACGAUAACGCGAAAGCGUUUCAAGACUUUGAUGCUGUAAAGGACCACAACCGUCCAUUGAAUAUUAACCAUGCAGCGACAGCAAGAAACGAUUUCCUGAGUCGCAUUGGUGGAAGUACACAACCUGGGGGUUCUCAGGGGUCGUCUCCCGAGGCUUCUUUGGACUUGAACUAUCUGCCCGAUUCUUCAACUCAUUCAAAUCAAGGGGAGCUGGACAUUGACACACGAAACCUCAUUGAAGUUUUCCUCUUGAGUCACACAGGUCUCAAACACCCAAGGUGUUCUCAGCCAAAGGCGCUGGCCACCAUGGACCGCGUUGUGGAAAGCUUAGUCAUAAAGCACGCCAUCGCAUACAAAGGGAUGGUGAAAAGACUCGAUCUGGACGAGCGAGGAGAAGACAUGAGCUUCCUUACUGCUGUUGCCACAGAGACCUUCAGCGAUGGGAACAUCAACUGGGGACGGAUAGCCAGCCUGCUGGGAUUCACUGCAGUGCUGUGCGACCACCUGAAAGCUAGGCAACUGGAGCACUGCAUUGACGAGGUGGCAAGCCUGGUCUCCUCUUACCUGCUCACACAUCAACGAGACUGGUUGGUCAACAACAAGGAAUGGGAUGGAUUUGUGGAGUUCUUCCACGAGGAGGAUUCAGAGUCUGUUGUGAGGGGAGCCCUCAUGACACUGUUGGGAGCGGUGGGCCUUGGAGCAGGACUCUUGUGCCUGGUCAGAUGACUGUUUAAACAUACCUCAAAGAGACAAGUGACCUCACCUGCCCACCCGGCAAGGACCUCUCUGGACACAGUUCCUAGUGUCCCCAGUAUCCUAGUGACUGCUUUUGAUGACACCUUUUUCUUUUUUUGGACUGAAAAUGUGCAGUUGGAAUUGAGAGGUUGGACUGAAAGUUGGGACCUGGACAAUCGAUGUGUACACAUGUGCAGCAGAUAUUUAUUUUUCUAUUAAAGGUUGUUUUUGUUUUUUUGAAAAAGAACUCUUACUACUUUUUUAUCACUCGCACCUUUGCAACACGAGAUUAUAAUAGAAAAAUGGAGGAAAUAUACAGUGGACCCCUAUACUCAAGUCAACUUUCUCAAUCCACUUCAUUAUUAUAGCUAUGUGUAUUGUUUCAAAUGAUCAAAACUAAAUGUCAUCGAGUCUGGCUAUUCCACUUAACAAAAUUGAUCACACAUAUGUUAAAUCAAGAGGUUAUUAUGGCCACUUGCUGUAUUACCUUCAAUUUCUGACUUAUUUUAAUCAUUGAGAAGCGAUCUCUCAACAGCCAUGAGGGUUGUGUCGAAACAGGAACUAAAAUUGGUUCAGUGAUAUGCAUGUUUUGCAUGCCAGUGACCAUUUCAAGUUGUCUUCCUUGUGAUUCAUUCAUGGCUUUAAGUUCCUGGUGUAAGCUUAAUGAGGGAACAGUACUUCCUGAUGGGACCUACUCAUUGACACAUUGAGAGAGGAGAACAGUGGACUUUUUGAUUUGAUGGUCUUGCACCCAGUGAUUGAGCUGUUGUCGUUGUGACUAAGUGAAAAUCACAAACUUGUUCACGCACUGUUUUCAAGCCUAUCUCACAAACGGUGUUGUAGCGCACAUUAAAGUUACCGUAUUGGU